CUAUCUAUAGUUGACAAUUGAACACACAGAGGGCGGAUAGUGCUUAUUUUCGGCGUCCCUUUUGUGUACAUCAGUUUGCCCGCAAAAGUGGACGGAUUUGAGGAACCCUCACUACCCUCAGUGGAUUUUUUUAGGUGUCUGCUUUAUCUUAGAGAGAUAAAAUGCAGCGCCGAGGCGGCAAAAGGAUCCGGAUGGAUGAUCCACCACCGGAAUAUGAAAACCCUAUGACACCGAUGACCCCGAUGGACGUGUCGGCCAGCGACAUGCACGAGUCCUACAACGCCUACCAGGCCUACACACCGCAGCCUCCCACACCUAUGUCCCAUGGGUCAGACACAGUUUACGGAGGUGGCGAUUCAUCGCAGUUUGACACGAGCAGCCAGCUGCAGCAGAGCUACAAUCAACCCUCCACCUCGUUCGCGCAGCCAAUGCAGAGUUUUUCCACAUAUGAGCAGCCACAGCACCAAUUUGAGCAGCCGCAAGCAGCUUCUCCGACAAUCCCGAAGUCCACGAGGGGCCGUGGCCGUCCAAGAGGCACAUACAAUCGCGGCGGUGGAGCAGGCAGAGGUUCUACCACCAGCACUCCUGGCAGGAAGCCAGGGCGCAGACCUGCGAACGAGUCGGGCUUGGAUGAUGAGAACAGCCUAUACUCCAUCAUCAAGAGCGGACGGCUGUCACUGCAGCAGGUCGUGGAUGACUGGAUUGAGCGGUACAAGACGGAGAGGGGGUCAGCAUUGCUCUCUCUAAUGCAGUUUUUCAUCAAUGCGUCCGGCUGCAAGGGCAAAAUCACUGAAGAAAUGCAGGAGGAGAUGGAACACGCGAAGGUCAUCAGGAAAAUGACUGAAGAGUUUGAUGAGGAAAGCGGAGAAUACCCUCUCACCAUGACUGGCCAGCAGUGGAAAAAAUUCAAAGCGAAUUUUUGCGAGUUCGUGCAGCUUUUGGUGAAGCAGUGCCAGUACUCGAUCAUUUACGAUCAAUACCUUAUGGACAACGUAAUCUCCCUCCUCACAGGCUUGUCUGACUCUCAGGUCCGAGCUUUCCGUCACACAGCCACUCUAGCUGCCAUGAAGCUGAUGACUGCCUUGGUUGACGUCGCCUUGACCGUCUCCGUGAAUUUGGACAACACCCAACGACAGUAUGAGGCUGAAAGACAGAAGGGCAGGGACAAGAGGGCCAGCGACAGGCUGGAGACGCUGAUGACCAAGAGACAGGAGCUGGAGGAGAACAUGGAUGAAAUAAAGAACAUGCUCACCUACAUGUUCAAGUCUGUCUUUGUGCACAGAUACAGGGACACCUUACCUGAAAUCAGAGCCAUUUGCAUGGCCGAGAUUGGCAUUUGGAUGAAGAAGUUCCACAACAACUUUUUGGACGACUCUUACUUGAAGUACAUAGGUUGGACCCUGCAUGAUAAGUGUGGAGAAGUUCGCCUCAAGUGUUUGCAGGCUCUGCAACCACUCUAUGCUUCUGAUGAGCUGAAAGGAAAGCUGGAACUUUUUACCAGCAAAUUUAAGGACAGGAUCGUGGCUAUGACUUUGGACAAGGAAUACGACGUGGCAGUUCAAGCUGUCCGGCUGGUCAUCAGCAUUUUAAAACACCACCGAGACAUCCUCUCAGACAAAGACUGCGAACACGUGUACGAGUUGGUGUACUCUUCGCAUCGCGCCGUGGCUCAAGCGGCCGGGGAGUUCUUGAACGAGCGCCUCUUUGUGCCUGACGAGGACACGCAGACCGGUCAGCGCACCAGGAGGGGUAAGCGGCGCCUCCCCACCACGCCGCUCAUCAGAGAUUUGGUCCAGUUCUUCAUUGAAUCUGAGUUGCACGAGCAUGGGGCCUACCUGGUCGACUCGCUCAUUGAGUCCAACGAAAUGAUGAAGGACUGGGAGUGCAUGACUGAUCUGCUGCUUGAGGAGCCCGGCGCUGAGGAGGAGCCGUUGGACGACAGGCAGGAGACGAGUCUGAUUGAAAUCAUGACCUGCUGCAUCAGACAAGCUGCGACUGGUGAGCCUCCAGUUGGCAGAGGACCUACAAGAAAGAUUCUGUCCGCCAAAGAAAUCAAGCAAGUCAAUGACGACCGAGCCAAGCUGACUGAGCAUUUCAUCCCCACCCUGCCCCUCCUGUUAGCCAAAUACAGCGCCGACCCGGACAAAAUCAACAACCUCAUGAGCAUUCCUCAGUACUUUGACUUGGACGUCUAUGUUUCGUCUCGGCAGGAAAAGAGUUUGGACUCCUUGUUGAGGAUCAUCCAAGAUUUGGUGGAGAGGCACACAGAUACUGAGGUACUUGAAUCCUGUGCUAAAACUCUUGAAACUUUGUGCUGCGAAAACCUGGCAAUUUACACUCGCUGCGACGUCGCCAGAAGCACUUUAAUCGACAUGAUCGUCAACAAGUUCAAGGAGUCUCUUGAUGAGUACAACUCACUCAUUGAAGGGGACGAGGAGCCCGACGAGGAUGAAACCUUCAGCUUGGUUCAUAGUUUGAAGAAAGUUUCGAUCUUCUAUGCAUGCCACAACAUGGGUGCUUGGCGCAUUUAUGAGCUGCUCUAUGAGUGCAUUCAAAAGGCUAAAGAUGGGAACAAGAUGUACCCUGAUGAGGCUGUCAAGUACUGCAUGUCUGCCGCAUUCUUCUCCAUCCUGUGGGGUCUGCGCCAGUUGGAGGACAUGCUGGAGCGCGGCUCAACCACUGCCACGAACACAACAGUGGCGCAAGAAGUGGAGACACUGAAGAGUCGCAACAACCAGUUCAUGGACACGAUGAAGGAAAUGCUGCUGAUGUCGCCUGUACAACUGUUCAAGGAGGAGGCUUACAUCACCAUCUGCGACUUCCUCAUCCUCUUCUGCAGCCAGCUCGGCAGCAAUCCAACCCUGGUGCCUUUGGUCUAUGAACCGGACAGGUCGCUCCAGCAAAUGCUCAAUGACUUCAUCCAGAGCUAUGUGUUCAUUGACGAGGAAAUAGAUCCUGACGAGCACACAAAAAUUGAGGAACUGCACAAGCGGCGCAACUUUUUGGCCUCUUUCUGCAAACUGGUAGUGUACAAUGUAAUGCCUACCCAAGUCGCAGCGGACGUAUUCAAACACUAUGUCAGGUACUACAAUGACUAUGGCGACAUCAUCAAGUCAACUCUCGGCAAGGCGAGGGAGAUCAACAAAGUCAACUGCGCCCGCACAAUGGCUGCCUCCCUCACCAUGCUCUUCAGGGACAUUCAUAGAGAGGGCGUCCGUAUCAACCGCCAAGGAGAAGAAUUCAUCAGUCUUAAGGAACUGGCGAAACGCUUUGCUCUAUCGUUUGGCCUUGAUGCCGUGCGCAAUAGAGAAGCAAUCACUGCGCUCCACAGGGAAGGCAUCUUGUUUGCAGUGAACCCGCUGGAGAACGCCAUGGAUCCGACGGGCCCACCGCCAAAUCUGCCAUUCUUAGAGAUUCUGACUGAGUUCACCAACAAACUGCUAAAACAAGACAAGCGUGUUGUGCUGAAUUACUUGGAUCGGAGGAUCACAGCUGGUAUGCCCUCCAGCAGGGGAGAAGACUGGCAGCCUCUGUUGAUGUACCGCAACAGUUUGGUGCAUGGAGAAACUGACCUACCGCCGCAGACCUCAAAGAGGGCUUAUGGCAGGAAGAGGAAAGAUGCUGUUGCAGCUGAUGAUGAAGGUGACGAUGAUGGAGAUGAAAAUGACCCAGAUUAUCCCCAGUACUAAUUUUACACCAUAGACUCACCCGUCAUCUUCAUAAAUUGAUUAUUUCAAAUAUUUCUUGUAAUGUUUCAUGUUCAUAUCUCUUUUCUAGUGAAUAAAUCUGUGUAUAACUGUCAAAAUAUAAUAA